AAACCGCAGUGCCGUGCGAAGUGAGACUAUAGGCAAAAAGGCUUUGGACGCCAGGCGCCGGGGCCGUCGGUAGAUGGCGGUAACCCAAGGAACCUGAUCCACCGGGCUCUCGUCUCGGCCGCUCUGUCUCAGUUUGCAGCAGAGGAGCCGCACAGUUUGAAGGACACCGACGCGAGAAGCAGGAGAGCUCACGGCGCGUCGCCCCUCCGAGCUUUUGCGCGCAGCCCUUCCUGAGCAGGAGACGGAACGCCUUCGUCUUACAGGAAAAAAGAGACCAGAGCAAAGAGAGGAACCACGCCGGGGACAACUGCAGACACCAUGGAAGAUAAAUCCAAUUCGUUCUCCAGCAACAAGGAGGAGAAGGCGGAUGGGAAUAAUGUGUUUCAGCGGCAAGACUCCAUACAGAAGAACAACACGGGCGGCGGGAGCGCGAAGGACCACGGCAACUCGGUGGGCUUCAAGGGGGAGCGCGAAGAGGCCAUGGUCGGCUUUGACGAUCUGGAGGCGGCGUCCAGGCAACACGGUUUCAUGCAGAGGCAAUUUGGGGCCAUGAUGCAGCCCGGAGUCAAUAAGUUCUCCUUGCGCAUGUUCGGCAGUCAGAAAGCCGUGGAGAAGGAGCAGGAGCGCGUUCAAACGGCCGGAUACUGGAUCAUUCAUCCAUAUAGCGAUUUUAGGUUCUACUGGGACUUGAUAAUGCUCAUCAUGAUGAUGGGGAAUCUUAUCAUCAUUCCUGUGGGAAUAACCUUCUUCUCAGAGCAGACCACCACCACCUGGCUGGUCUUCAACGUGGCCUCGGACACAAUCUUCCUGGUGGACCUGGUCAUGAACUUCAGGACGGGCAUCGUCAACGAGGAGAGCUCCGAGAUCAUCCUCGACCCCAAGGUCAUCAAGAUGAAUUACCUGAAGAGCUGGUUCGUUGUGGACUUCCUCUCCUCCAUUCCAGUGGAUUAUAUCUUUUUGAUAGUGGAGAAAGGCUUUGACUCAGAGGUGUACAAAACAGCCCGUGCCCUGCGAAUCGUCCGCUUCACCAAGAUCCUCAGUCUUCUGCGUCUGUUGAGACUGUCACGACUCAUCAGAUACAUACAUCAGUGGGAGGAGAUUUUCCAUAUGACCUAUGACCUGGCUAGUGCAGUGGUAAGAAUAUUUAAUUUGAUAGGGAUGAUGCUGCUCCUGUGUCACUGGGAUGGCUGUCUCCAGUAUCUGGUGCCUCUCCUCCAAGACUUCCCUCCUGACUGCUGGGUGUCCCUAAACGGUAUGGUUAACGUUUCCUGGGGUAAGCAGUACUCUUACGCCCUCUUCAAGGCUAUGAGCCACAUGCUGUGCAUCGGGUAUGGAGCCCGGGCGCCUGUCAGCAUGUCUGACCUGUGGAUAACCAUGCUGAGUAUGAUAGUGGGUGCUACGUGCUACGCCAUGUUUGUGGGCCACGCCACGGCUCUGAUCCAAUCACUGGACUCCUCACGCAGGCAAUACCAAGAGAAGUACAAGCAAGUGGAGCAAUACAUGUCCUUCCACAAGCUUCCAGCAGACAUGCGACAGAAAAUCCACGACUACUACGAACAUCGCUACCAAGGCAAAAUCUUUGAUGAGGACAACAUCCUGAGUGAACUCAACGACCCGCUCAAAGAGGAAAUUGUCAACUUCAAUUGUCGUAAGCUCGUGGCCACCAUGCCUCUGUUUGCCAACGCCGACCCCAACUUUGUGACGGGGAUGCUGAGCAAGCUUAAGUUUGAGGUCUUUCAGCCCAACGACUACAUAAUCCGAGAAGGCACAGUCGGGAAGAAGAUGUAUUUCAUCCAACACGGGGUCGCGAGUGUCAUCACCAAGUUCAGCAAGGAGAUGAAAUUGACUGAUGGAUCAUAUUUUGGAGAGAUCUGUCUGCUCACCAAGGGCAGACGAACGGCGAGCGUGCGGGCAGACACCUACUGUCGACUCUUCUCUCUCUCCGUGGACCAUUUCAAUGAGGUGCUCGAAGAGUACCCCAUGAUGAGACGCGCUUUUGAAACUGUUGCCAUUGACCGAUUGGACCGCAUCGGGAAGAAGAACUCCUUGCUGCUGCAGAAGUUCCAGAAGGAUCUGAACGCCGGCGUUUUCAACACACAGGAGAACGAGAUAUUGAAGCAGAUUAUCCGUCAGGACAGGGAGAUGGUGAUGAUGGUGGACCGCAAACAGUCAGUCACCGGGAUGAACUCAACACCAAUGUCAGGAAACUCCAUCAUUAACUCACCAGCCCAGCCGCCCUUCUCCACUGCCUUUGGUACCAAUCAGCUCCAGCAGUCCUCUGUUCCCAUGACCUUCAGUGCUUCAGCUAUUGCCAACGCCUCUGCCGCCCGCAUGCUGCCAGCUGCUGCUGCCGCUGCCGCUGCUGCGGCCCAGGGGGUUUACCCGGUUCCGAGUGUUUCCCACGGCAGCCUGCAUUCUUCCUCAACCAACCCGCAGACCCCGCUGCAGCAGGCAGCGAUCAUGUCGCCAUGCUCCUUCACGGCCGCCAUGUGCAGUCCGCCCGUGCAGACCCCUCUGGCUAGCCGGAGCUUCCAGUACGGCUCGCCCACAGCCUCCCAGCUGUCACUUAUCCAGCAGCCCAUUGCCCAACCAUCUCUGUCCGCACAGCAACAGCUUGCGCAGCAGCAGCAGCCUGCUGCAGCGGCAACCUCUGCAACACAGCAGCAGCAGCAGCAGCAGCAGCCGUCGCCCCAGCAGCAGCAGGUGCCCUCACCUCAGCGGGGCGACAUGCACAAGAGCGCACAGGCUCUUCAGUCAGGCAGCUUGAGUCGAGAUGUCCGACACUUGUCGGCCUCCCAACCGUCACUGCCACAUGACACAUCUCUGGGGCCCAGGGUGCACCCGGCCUCAGGAGACUCUCUGGCCUCGAUCGUGCCACCAACAGCAGCAGCGAUGCAGGGAAUGAAUCUGCAGAGUGGCAUCCGCACCACGGUGCCCCAGCGGGUCAAUUUGUUCCGGCAGAUGUCGUCAGGAGCUUUGCCCCCGGUUCGCUCAGCAGCAGCGGCAGCAGCGGCGGCGGCGGCGGCAGCAUCAUCCUCAACCCAGCACAGAUCAUCCCCCGGAUCGAGGAGAGAUUCUGUCCUGAGCAGUACAGAGACUGAGCAAGACAAAAUGCGUUUUGCAUCAAAUUUAUGAUCCCAUUUUUCCCAUUUUCAUUUUUUUAAACUUAAACAUGUUUCAAUUCAAUUUCAAAAAUGGAGAUACAGCAAAAGAGAUGAAAAUGAGGAACUUCAGCAUUUUUUGUUUCUCUCCAGUUUUCUUCUAAAAUAACCUCAAAUAAAUCCUGUACAUACAAGCCCUUUUAUUAUAUUUUAGACACAUUGUCUCCCUAAACUUAAGAAUGUAUAUUAUACAGACACAUCUGUCUUUUCUUUUUCGCCAUAUUAAUCAUUUAUAUGUUUAUAUGUAUAUAUAUAUAUAUAUACAUAUAUACAUAGAUACAGCUAUACAUUAAUAUGUAUGUAUAGCUGUAUGGAUGGAUGAUGUGUGAGAGUGUGUGUGACCGCGUGUAUAAAAUCCAACAACAAUAUUUGGCAAUGGCAAUUUAAAAGCUGUAGUAUAAACAUCAGUCUUCCUUUCUGAGAAAUAUAAAGAAUUAAAUACAAUGUAUGACUUUUUUUCUCCUUUUUUUCUUUCUUUUUUAAACUGGAAUGAAUUGUGGAUUCUGACAAUGACUUACUUUUUUUUUUUUUUUUUACCAUCGAGGAAGAGGAAAAUGAUCUUCUCCUAUAAAGAAGCUUUAGGCACCACUGUGGAAUAAUACGUGCAAGCAACUCUGUCAAAUAAUCUCAGAAAGCACACACAAAAAUAAAUCUCACACCAAAUUCCUGAACCUUCUUUUCAGAAACCAACAAAUACUGUAACCAAGUGUUGUGUUGCUUUCGGUGACGGAAAUACGGUCUGCUGAGCUGCUAUAUCCCCACAGCGGCUCACAUACAAACUCUGACAGUGUUAUGGGUCAAAAGGGAAUAGAUAAUAGAAAUGCUGUUUUUUGUCUUUUCUUCCUUUUUUUCUGAGAAUGGGGUGUAGAGAAAGACGUGGAUGGAUGCUAUUGUUUUUCUAUUUCUGAUUUCAGAUGGCUGAGAUGUUAUGUAAUGUUGCUUAAAAAUUCUGUGUAUAUUUAUAAUAUUUAUAAACUAAAGAUUAUCACCAUUAUGCAAUAGACUGUGACAUAAAGAUUACCUAUAUGUGUGCUGUAAAUAGUUUUGUAGAUCUAGUAUUUACAGAUACUGUGUGGUGCAUUCUCUAUCAUAACAAUGUCUUACUUCUAUCAGGAACCUGUAUCAUCUAUAUGCGACAAAGGUUAAGAGGCAAAAUACAUAUGUUUCAUAAGAGAUAAACAAACCUUAAUGCAAUAGCUAGCACUACUUAAUGCUGAGAAAUGCCUGAUUGGAGGACCUUUAAGAAUCCCCCUCUCUCUCUGUGUGUGUGUGUGUGUGUGUGUGUGUGUUUGUGUACUACUCCUAGUCCUGGUAUAGUUUUUAACUGCACAUCAAGUGAACAUGUACAAUAUUUACCUACAAUUCAAACCGUCCAACUGAAAGUAAAUAUGUCUUUUCUAUCGCCGCAUUUCCCAAAUCUGCUGAGGAUCAUGUUGAGAAUGAUUCUUUGGGUUCAUACUGAGGGGUCAAAAUGAUUAUUUUAUUACAUGUGUCAUUUAAGGUCGCAAAUGAGGCUCAUAUUUUUGAUGUAAUACAUUUUUUAAAUUUUCUUUUAGUGCUUGCUCAUCUCCUUUUUGAGUCAAACUGUAACGUGCGCUCUCCCAUCACAAUUACCGUGGGUGAGCCUGGCGCGACAUUUUCAACACACUUGUUUUAGUUGAAAGAUGUCAGGUAUCCAGUUUCCAAGUAUCCAAGUGUGUGUGUGUGGGGGGAGGGGGCACAUUUUCACGGAGGUGGUUUUGUGC